UCCCCACUGGCAGCUCCUCUCCUCCUCUCCUCUCCUCCCAUCCUAGAGGACAGAGCGAUGCGGAGACAAUAGGACACAGAGCCGGAGGAGGCUGCAGGAUGCUCGGCGACACAUCCACCGUCUCACGGCUGCACGGAGGCUUCGCACAGGACACCGAGAGCAGGCGUUUCUCCCGGAUCACCUGGCCUUAGUAUGCGCUCCGAUCACCCCGUGUGUUCACCAGCAGCCCGGGCUGACAGGGCGGACUACACAGCCCCCAUAUGGGAACCAAGUGAAGGGUGUUAGCUGCUGCUGCUGCUCUUGUCCUGCCUGAGCAUCCACUCCCCGGUUUUCUGCCUGUUCCAUCCACCCGAAGCGCUGCCCACAAUGAGUUCCUCUCCGCUAGUGUCUCGAGCCAACAUGGACAUCCUGGACGAGCUGCAGCUGAUCGCAGCCCAGAACCUGGAGAGGCUGGAGGUCAACAAGUACUACGAGGUGAUCAGGGAGCUGGGCAAGGGCACCUACGGCAAGGUGGACCUGGUCAUCCACAAGAUCAGAGGAACAAAAAUGGCUCUGAAGUUCCUGAAGAAGAAGACAACCAAGCUGAAGUCUUUCCUGCGGGAGUACAGCAUCUCGCUCUACCUGUCUCCCUGCCCCUUUAUUAUCAACAUGUUUGGCAUUGCCUUCGAGACGGAUGAGUACUAUGUAUUCGCGCAGGAGUACGCUCUGGCGGGAGACCUCUUCGAUAUCAUUCCUCCACAGGUUGGUCUUCCUGAGGCAGUGGCAAAGCGCUGUGUUCACCAGGUGGCCAUCGCGCUGGACUACCUGCACUGCAAGAAGCUGGUCCACAGAGACAUCAAGCCCGAGAACAUCCUCAUUUUUGACCGAGAGUGCCGCAAGGUCAAGCUGUCCGACUUUGGCAUGACACGCCGCGCUGGCUCGCCGGUGAAAAGAGUGAGCGGCACCAUCCCCUACACAGCGCCGGAGCUCUGCGACGUGUCCCGCCACGAGGGUUUCUGCGUGGACUACAGCACCGACGUCUGGGCCUUCGGUGUGCUGCUGUUCUGUAUGCUUACCGGCAACUUCCCCUGGGAAAAGGCGCUGCCCUCCGACUCCUUCUACCAGGAGUUCAUCCGCUGGCAGAGGAGACGGACGAACACGGUGCCAUCCCAGUGGAGGCGCUUCACCGAGCAGGCCCUCCGCAUGUUCCGUCGGCUGCUCUCCGUGGAGCAGGACCGCCGCUGCUCCGUCAAGGAGGUCUUCGGGUACUUCAGCCACUCCUGGAUGCUGGACGCAGAGAACAACAACAAUGGCAACGGGAACAGCAACGGCGGCGGCGGCGGUGGGGGAGAGAGGGUUGGCAACGGUGGGGGAGGAGGAGGAGGAGGAGGCGGCGGGGGGCGAGGAGAGGUGGAGGGCACCAUCUCAUCGUCCUCGUCGGGAGAGGAAGACGAGGAGCUCCUCGUGGAGAGGAUGAAGCAGCAGACUUUAUCUCCCCUCUCCCCGCUCUCCCCGCUCUCCCCCCUCUCUCCCCUGUCUCCGGCGGCUGUAGAGAGGGGAAGCGGCGGGGCGGCUAAGGGCGGGAUGAUGGAACAAGGUGGCGGCCACCAUUUCGUAUCCGUCUCCACCAACAGCUCAGUGUCGUCCACCAACAGCUACGACCGAAUGCCGCGAGAGAACAGUUCGCCUGGCGGUCGCAUGCUCGUGGCCACGCCCAUCGAAAUCUGCGUCUGAGCGCGUCGGACGUUAAAAGCUGUCACCGACCCACCAGGACAACACUUUUAUACCUCUCAUCCAACCACGUAGAUGUGCAUGCAUGGAAAAAAAAGAAACAAGCGGAAAGUGAAUAUUAACACGUUCUUUUUUAAACAUCUUGAGGAGGAAGAGCACACAAGGAAGUCUUGGACAGUAUUCACUCAAAGAGGAAAGACUCCAGCAGAAGCCUCGUAUACACUCUGACUUUGAUGGCGCGUUUGGUUGAAGCCCGGAGGAAAAAUUAAGAAUCGCUUCCAUUCGAGAUUCCGUCACUAAAACCAUCUGAGAACGAAGACCAAAACGUAUUUCUUAAAGCAAUACUUCCAGCAAAAACGGCAAACAGAGGCACGGAGGGCGGAGAGUGCUGUGUGAGCUCUGCGGGACGUGAGCGGUCGUCAUUUGUAACGAAGCCAAGGGGACAAAGCACCUGGAUUUUUUUUGAAGAGGACUGAAACAAGAGUUCACUGGAAACCUUUGAGGAGGAGAAAAGGAGCGAGCGGUGGCUUUAAUGUUUUCCGUGUAACACAAACGUGAACGUGUGAGUGUGUCUGUUUGUGUGUGUCGCCGCGUAUGAAUCCUAAAGAGGCGGAUUUAUUUUGCUUUGAGAAUGUUAUUUAUUUGAAUCUAAAAAUACUACACACUCUAUUUUUUCUAUUGUUUUUUUUUUUUCUUUUUUCUUUUGUAAAGCAGCUUUCUUCGUUUUCUGUUCAACUUCCCAUCGUAAUUUCAUGUUCUGCCAUAGUUGCGUCAAGUCCACUUCUCCGUGGCUGCAGUACAUACUGGUAUGAACUGCUGUGUAUUAUGUACGUGGGUUACCAGACAGAAUAUUUCCAUGAAGUCAGACUAGACCGAGAGAAGGCUCACGAUGUCUCUGUUCUUCGUGUCAAACAUAUCUACUUCACCACUGAAAGACUAUUUUCUACUCACUCUCAAGAUUCUGUUUGUAUAGCUUUAGUUUUCUUUGAGGCUUUUUUUUUCCCCCCGAAAGAUUCUGUUUGUAUCGCUGUUUUCUUUGAAACGUUUAGCAAAAUGUAUCGUCUGAAAAUAAUAAUGAUCAAUUAGCAUUUGCAAUUCAAUCUGACGGGGGGGGGGGGAGAUACAAAAAAAAAAAAAAAAAAACAGAAGAGGUUGAAGAGUCACCUUUUGUAAAUGCAUGAUGAGUAGCUCAAACUUACCUUUACGAGAAAUUUGAACCGGCUUUACAAAAACUUUUGGGAAAAAAAAAAAAAAAAAAAGAUAAAGAAGACUGUUGUGACGUGAAAUUUUUGGCCGUAGCACAAUUUCUUGCAUUAUGUCCCAGAGUGAAUAUUGCCGUCAUGGUAUCCUGAGACAUCCUAGGGCUAAAAAAAACAAAACAAAAAAAAAAACAAAACAAAACAGCAAUUUGUUUCUAUUCAGUGUGUUGUAUUUGUAUUGGUAUUAAUGUUGUGUACAUCCUAUCACCUUCAAGAUCAGAAAAAAAAAGCAAAGCAUGAGGAUGUAGAGCAAGAGGCUUGAAUUUAAAACCGCAGGUAGGGACUUAAAACGAUGUAAUUUUUAGAAGAAGUUUUUUUGCUUCUGAAUUGCCACUUUUAGUGAAGUAGUGUGGCGUAGAUGUUUUUUUGUUUUGUUUUGUUUUGUUUUUUUGUUUUUUUUACCAAGUUUAAAAUUAACAGCAAAAAAGUAAUCAGUUUCUCUCUUUGACUCAUCACGAAUAUUACCGGAAUAAUUUGAAGACAAAUAAAAAAAAAAGACAAAAAAAAAAAAAAAAAGCAUUGGAUCUUCAUAGGAAUGGCCGUUUUGUGUGUCGCUUUCCAGACAUAAAUCUGCAUGAACUUGUAUGUGCUAAAGCUCUGUUGUGAAUAACCUGCUCUGUUUCUCCUGUCACAAGCUGUAGUACUCCGUAGACGCAGUAUAGCUGCAAACAACGCGUUUCUUUAUCCGGUGAGAGUCGCGGGCCUCGGCUGGGAUGUGCCUGACUGGGGAUCAGCUCGACUCGGUUCGGCCCGCGCUCAUCAAAGCUGCGCCCAUGUCAGCGAGCGAGUAUGCAAAUUACUACAUCUUGUGACAAUCUCUGACCUCAUCGGCAGCCUUCUGACUCAGUACAAAGGACGGGCCUGAUACAGACACUGUAGCCGUGCUGUUUGCUGCAGCCGCUUGCUCUCCAUCAGCCAGCUGCAGGCAAGCAUGUGCUGGCUCUGCAGCGUAUAGCGUGUGAGCUCCGGCACAACUGAGUUCACAUGACUGUACGAACAAGGGAUUACAUUCGGCCUGUACAUUACCUCCUCGCGUCGUUCUUUCUCCUCAGUAGUCCCCCUUAAACCUUCUCCCGAGCACUUCGCAGAUGUAUCUACAGUGCACCAAACGUCCAUACUAACAACAAACUAUUCAGUCUGAUUGGAAGUCAAGUGAUACGUUUUGGGAAUCUGGCGGUGGCGGAGCCAGGGUGCUGCCAGCGACGGCCUCUUCUAUGUCAUUUGCUCAUCAUAUAUUGAACGGAACCCACGUAGCUGAAUCCCAAAAUACAUUACAAAGUGGUCGCGCUGUUCGUUAGCAUCAAACUAACGUUUGUUGUUCAGGUCCUGCCACCGCAGGCGUUUAUGUUAAAGGCAGAAAAAACAGUUUUACCUUUUUCUGCGAGCGUUUUAGCCUCAAAGCGUCAAAUCCAAAACGCUUCUUGACAUUCAGGAUUUGCUGUCAUGAUCAUGUGUUGAACACAGCCGACUGGUUUCCUCCAUUUUGCAUUUUUCCAUAUUUGACAGCAACAACGGUGCAGUUUGGCUCCAGGCGCCUUUAGAACUUUAACACAAAGAAGGAAUAUUGCAUGUUAUGCCACGUUUGAACUUAGAAUCAAAAGCUCCAGAGGCCAGAUUGACGCCUGCAUCACUCAUUUCUUCCCUUAUGGGACCUCUCCUGCUAACAGCUAAGCUAGUUAGCCAACUUUUUUUGUACGUUGUGCAGGAGUUUUAUUAAAAUUGAAACCCAGUGAGGUUUUCAUGUUAACAGACACAUUAUGUUGGCACACUGCUCUAUUUCUUGGUAUGUUACCGCCGCCGACUGUCAGCAGAAUAGUACUCCGUCUCCCCGGAUGUAGACCGUGGGUUUGAAGCCUAGCAUUAGCCGAAUAUGUCAGCCGGCAUUCAUCUGCCUCCUCUCACUGCCUGUGGGUUAGCGUUUUCAAAGUGUUCCGUCUCUGCAGGAAGUAACAACAACCUCCUACACGCCGAAAAUAGCGAGUUACUCUAAUGCUCUCCUGGUCGCUAUUAGUACCAACCCAAACAAGCUAGCAGCUCUUCGCUUUUCUUUUGAUGGGAUUUAGAUACUUUGCUGCCAGAGCUCACCUUCCCACUGAUAAAUCAAGUCGCUAGUUUGAUGUGAUUUUGUAGGGGCACCAUGGCUAGACAUGUGCAAGAGAUUAAAAGAAAUACAAACAAGUCAGAGCACUUUGUCCCAAUAAUAAUGAUAAUAAUAAUAAUAAUUGGUGCAGUCCAACCUUUCUCCACUGCUGACACAGGUCUGACUUUUGGAACUAGGCAGAACUGUAUACACAAAUUAAAGAUGCUUAAACACUCCAACACAUUUCAGUAUGACAAAACACACAAUGAAAGCUUCCUUCCUUUCCCUUAAGUUGCAGACCGGAGUCCCCCGUCUCUGGCACAAACGUGGAGUUGUUAAGAAUGUCACAGCUCCACAGGGUCAUUUUGAGUUUGGAAACAAAUGUCUUCCAGAGAAGAAGUGUUCUGAGUGUGUUCUGGGUUCUUUACGCUCAUAAUUCUUCUUUGAAACGAGGAAAUUCAUCAUCAUUUCGGCCCACAGGACUAUUCGGUGGUCAUUUUCAAGACUUAGACACAUUAUUCUUAUUAACAAACAUUCUCUAACUUCCACUUCCUUGUUUACAACAGUCCAUUCAUUAUGAUCUCUCUGUAAUGGCAGACCGUUGCCUUAGUGAAUAAAAUGUGAAUAAAAACAGUGAUACAAAAUCUGUGACUAAUCUGUGGCAGCGUGCAGUGCAGAACAAACUGAGUAGGGUACAAACUUCUGUGACAAAGUGUGUAGUUGCUGCAGCCACUGGUAUAAGCACGCUGGCUCCGCCACUAAAAUCUGUGUGAGAUGGUAACAGCGGGUGCACCGCAGAUUCAUCCGAUUCAGAGAGUUCUCAGACACAAUGGCCGAGACGUUAAAACAAUGUUGACCGAUACUAAAGAAACAAUUUCAUGUUCAGUUUAAUCCUGGCACAAUUCCAUCCAAGUUGAUUUGUGCAACAAUAAGACAAUAGAAUGUUACAGUGGGUGUUUUGGUGUUUUUUUUAGGAUGAAACACAAGUUGUUACGGGAUACGUCACCUCCCCUUCUCUUCCUUCCAGCGUCUGAAUCAGCGGCUGCUGCCUCCUCACAUCAUCCAUGAUGUAAUGUGUUGUGAUGGGAGUUCCAGUGUCUCCACCGUCCAGUGACAUAUUUCACAGCAUUAUGAUUUUGGUGGAGUUUUAGUGAGUAGAUGACCACAGCACUAGAACUCGUGUCCGGUUCUGUCUUUGCAAUACAACUGUCUUCCUGUACGCUGAGAUUUACUCAAUAAAAUGAGAAUUCUUGUUGGAGUCAUC